AGUCCUGGAUCUACGCGACACGUUGGGAGGUUAUAAAUUGGGAGGCGUGCGGCACCGAGGUACAUUUAAACCGAGCUACGAGGGGGGGCAGGCAGACACGCACUUGCAGCGCGACGACACAACCACAACCACCAAACCGACACCUGGACCUUCUUGUCGGAGAUGUCCCACGUGCAGUUAUCGAGCAGCGCGCUGGAGAGGCUGGUGGCCCGCAGGACCUUCCCUCUCCAAAAGCGCACCGGCGUGUGCCGCAGUCUAUUCGGGCCGGUGGAUCACGACGAGCUGAGUCGGGACGUGAAAGCCAAGCUGCGGGAGAUUUCCGAGCGGGACCGGCAGAGGUGGAACUUUAAUUUCGAGGACAACACCCCGCUGGAAGGGGACUACGAGUGGGAGGAGAUGCCCGCGGAGAGGACGGCGGCGUUUUAUCGGGAAUCGGUGCAGAGCGGCAGGACGCGCGUCCCGGCGACGCCCGUGAAGCAGACGCCCUCCUCGGAAUCCGUUAUGUCGGAGAGCUCCGGCGGGGAUGUCAUGGAGCGCUUAGCGGCACCGGAGAGCGACCACGGCGACGGGGGAAGCAGCUCCAAGACCCCGGCGGAGGUGAACCAGGAGAACCGGCCGGUCACAGGGAUCUCAGGGACUCGCAGACAGGCUGCCUGUGUUCGACGCAAGAGGUCGGCGGCUGCUGCCGAUGACAACAACACGCACAUCACAGACUUCUUCUGGAAACGAAAGAAGGCUGCGGACAGACUCCCCAAGUCUCCCAUCUCGUUGGAACAAACUCCGCGAAAGAGGAUCCGUUGAACGUGGCGUUUUUCCCCUUCUUCUUCUUCUACACUUUUUUUUUUCUUUUUUGCACUACUUCCCUGCGCGUUUUUGAGGACUCCUGCGCGCCGGGAGCCGCUUGUCAGGCCGCCGGAGGAG